GGACUCUACAACACUGUCAGAAAUUCCAUUUCGACAGGCGGACUUCGCCUCAAGUCGGGGCGAGUACACACUCCAAGACCCUACUUCUGAAUUCGAAAUGAAUGCCAUUAUUCGGAAGCAUUCAUUAUUCGGAAAGAUGGGACAAUACGCUCAUGAUUCUUCGGCUCUGGGACACACCAACGUGACAAGGAUCCAGCAAGCCAUCUAUCUAGCGACCGCCUUGUAACAAGGACCGAAGUCGGGUAGGGGGCAGCGUAUUUGAGCUUCCCCAGGCCAGUCUCCACUCCACUGGUUCAACGAUGACUACACUCACACCAGGACCGUUCAUCUGGGCAGCAGAGCUCAUCACGUUGCUGGGCAUAGCUGCCCGCCCUUCGAAGUACAGAAGGCUUCUCUUCCUCCUGGUGGCGCCGCUCUGCAUCUAUCCCAUGUUUCUCCCGAAAGCAGCAACCAGCCACGACAACUACGCGCGCACGGGGAGGCUGAUCUCUCUCCUCCUCGUCUCCUCCGACUUUCUUGUCCUCACCGACGUCCAGAACGAGUUGAGGCUCCGGAACGACAAAGCCUCGCCCCAUAUCUCUCAACGCUCAUGGUGGAGUCGGCUGAAGUGGGCGUUCCAAUUGCGCACUUCGAUGCGGGGUGUUGGGUGGUCUUUUGAGCCUUCUCCAGAACACCUCGGACCCCGUCCUCCCGUCCGAACGAGAUGGGAGUUCAUCAUCUACCAGUUGAUUUGGACAGCGUUUAACUCUUUAGCGUUGGACUUGUGCGUGGCCACCGCCAAAACCAUCCCUUAUUUCGACGGGACGGGUAGGGAAACGCUUGCGACGGCGCCGUGGCCUGAUAAAUUGCUCUGCUGGCUCUAUAUCGCCAUCAGCUACCAUGGAUUGCUCGUCCCAUUCCGGAUUUUGACUAUCCUCUCCGUCGGGCUUGGGCUUAGCCAGCCUCACGAAUGGCCAGAGUUGUUUGGAAACCCGUUGGAUGCUUAUACAGUUCGUCGAGCAUGGGGUCGAGUCUGGCAGCAGUCUAUCAGAAGGGUGUGUACUAUACCACCAUCCUCGAUCAUGUGUGUGCCGCUUGACUAA